GUCGAAUUGUAUGGGUGAAGCCGUUCCAUGGCGCGCUGCUACUGCCAGCCACUAAAGCAAAAAAAAAAAGAAAAUACAAUUUAUUAAAUCUAAAAUCAAAGGAAUGGAACAUUGCAUUCUUUUGUGGUGCUAAGAAAUAUAGAAAUGGUCAUGCGAAGACAAAUAAUUGCAAGAUGUAUUAUAACCAUGCCUCUAUAUAGUAUUGUAGUAAAAGUUUGACUAAAAAAUUCGCAUUCGUUGUUUGCACAGUUGCUCCAAAUUCGCGAAAAGGUGGCCUCCCAAUUUUCAUCGAAAAGUGAAAUGUAUGACACCAUGAAAAAAUGUGUAAUAGAAAAUGAAAUAAAGUGAAGUUGUGAAAAUUUGCAGAAAGUAAAUUUAAGGAAUUUGCAGUGAUUGUGUGGAAAGAUAAACCAAAGUAAUUGGGCAGUGUCAGGGGGUAUGAGUAUGUAUGAGUAUAUUUGGCCGCGAGCCAAAAACUACGCUGCUUCAUACAUAACUAUGCACAUCCAUACAUAAAUACAAAGUCAUAAGCAAAUUGGAAAACAAAAAAUAAAUUAUUCAUUUCGAUUCGUUGAGUUGUGAUGUCUGACUGAUGGACCACGGUCGGUUAGUCGGGCGGUCGGUCAGUCGGUCUUCCAUGUGCAUAGGAAAGUGAUACGGUUUAUAAAAUUUUACACACAAAGAGGAGAUGAAAAUCUCAAGCCAUUAUCUAAUUCCGCUACUAAUUGAAUAAAUUGACGAGUACAAUAACAAAUUGAACGCAUUCGCUAACAAUCAAAACAGCAAGCACCAAAGCUUACAACAACUCAAAUAACCAACCUACAUGCUUAAGUUGUGUGCCAGCAAAUGCUGUAAAAGUACAUAAGCUGGUCGAAAGCAUAACGCUAUGUUCCAGUAAGCAGAAAUGGCAUAAAAAUCGAUGAACUUUCAUCAAUAUAAUAUCCCGGUCUGAAGUCAGAAAAUUUUUUUCUGAGCUAGACGUUGAUUAAGAGCGCUCCCAAGGAGUGCCAUUUCAGUCAUCUAAACAGUUGCGGCGCUGUGAGCAAGAAGAAGGUGAAACGCAUUACAUUAACAAUCGACGGAAGCGCGCAAACACGCAACGGUUGAAGGAAAUGCAGGAAAAUCGAUUUCCCAUUGUUUUUAGUGGUAUAACAUAUAAACAUACGGAAAGUUAGGCAGUAAAAAAUGGGGAUAUGCCUGCAAAAGUUGCAUAGGCUUGACAUUUCAGCAAAGGCGAAUUUGGCUAAAUGCAACUACAGUAAAAAAACACAGUCACCGAAUUGAUGAUUGCUAAGCGUACAACGAAUUAAACAUUGGGCUGUAAUUAAACACAAGCCCAAGCAGCAGCAACGGCAAAAGCGGCAGCUGCAAAAUCAAAAAUGAGGGUUCGUAAAAUACCCUUACCGUUGCCAAACACGGGAUUCAUGCAUCGCAAACGAAAUACCUAUUACAUACGUGGAAUUCUGGUAGUAUCACUCGUCGUAUUCGUACUAAUGCAGCUGCAUGUAUUUAACUACACUGAUUCUCGUGAAAUGCCGAUGAUUAGUGAACCAGCCAACGAUUCAAUAGAUGCGAUGCUCUCAAUGGUGCCAUCAGUUUUACAUAAGUUUCUAACGCCCAAAUCUAGAAACCACACAGCAGCCGCACCUAUGCAGUAUAAUAACACCAGUACGGGUAGAUAUAAUGCCUCUUAUAUGGAUUAUUAUCAUCCUCCAAAUAUUUCGGAGAUAAAGCAACAAAUCGCCAAGUAUAAUGAACUGCAAAUAGUUUUAAAUGAGGACACAUAUGGUCCGCUACAAAAUGAUUCUGUGAUAAUUGUAAUACAGGUGCAUACACGUAUAACCUACCUACGCCAUUUGAUCGUUAGUCUGGCGCAGGCCAAGGACAUUUCUAAGACUUUAUUAAUAUUCUCGCAUGACUACUACGACGAUGACAUCAAUGAUUUGGUGCAAACUAUUGAUUUCUGUAAGGUCAUACAGAUAUUUUAUCCUUACUCCAUACAAACUCAUCCGAAUGAGUUUCCUGGCGUAGACCCGAAUGACUGUCCGCGUGACAUGAAAAAAGAUCACAAUUUUAUUACAUUCUUCUUAAACAGAGCCAUCGUACGCAAAUGCAAUAAUGCCCUCUACCCCGACCUAUACGGGCAUUACAGGGAAGCGAAGUUUACACAGACAAAACAUCAUUGGUGGUGGAAGGCGAAUCGUGUAUUUGACCAGUUGGAUGUGACACGUUAUCAUACUGGUCUGGUAUUGUUCCUAGAGGAAGAUCAUUAUGUAGCCGAAGAUUUUCUUUAUCUCCUCGAAAUGAUGCAGUCUUCAAUAGGCAGUUUAUGUCCGCAGUGCGAUAUACUUUCGCUGGGCACAUAUUUAAAGACCUUCAACUACUACACAUAUAAUAGUAAAACUAAUAAGAAAUCCCUUAGCAGUCAAUAUGCUUCCUCGCUGCUCACUUCCAGCAAUUUAUUAGGAUAUAAUCGCAAUAAAAAUAGAAACUCACAGCAAUUGUCAUCGCACGCAUCGUCAUCGUCAUCGUCCACAUCAGCUGCGAAUAGUUUUAAUAAAAAGUAUUUUAACGAAAAUAAUAAAGAAAAAGUUUAUGUCGGUGAUACACUCACCAACAACAACAACAACAACGCACACAUCAUUAACAACCACCACAAUACCAUUACCACUUCCACCACAACCACAACAGAUAAAAGCGCCGCACAGCAAUCGUGGAGUUAUCACGUGCUACCAUCACUGUAUUCUGUCUAUCAGAAGGUCGAAGUAAUGCCAUGGAUCAGCAGCAAGCAUAAUAUGGGUUUCGCAUUCAAUCGCAGCACCUGGUCCAACAUACGAAAGUGUGCGCAACAUUUUUGUUUUUACGAUGAUUACAACUGGGAUUGGUCGCUGCACUAUGUGUCCCAGCAGUGCUUGAAAAAGAAGCUACACGCUAUGAUCGUCAAAGGUCCAAGAGUCUUCCAUAUUGGAGAAUGCGGGGUACAUCAUAAAAAGAAGAAUUGCGAAUCGAAUCAAGUGAUAGCAAAGGUGCAACAAGUCUUACGAAUAGCACGCAAGUCUAAGCAGCUGUUUCCACGCAGUUUAUCACUCACAGCGGCCAGUUUAGUAAAGAAGACCAAAUUGCGGAAGGGUAACGGUGGGUGGGGUGAUCGGCGGGAUCAUCAGUUAUGCAUGAAUAUGACGAAAUCAAGCAAUGAAAGUUGAACAAGAAAAACACCAAAGAAUAUAUUGAAAUAGCGAAAUUUAGACACAAAAAAUACACACACACAAAUCACAAUAUAAUUAACUAGAAUUGUAAUACACAAUGCGGAACGGAAAAAUGUGCACAUAUUUAGUAAAAAGAAUUCAGUUUUUAGCUAAAUACAUAAUUUAAGAAACUUCCUUUGAAGCGUUAACUGUUCUUGAAAAUGUAAAUUAUUUCUUAAGAGCCAUUUUCUCAAGUAGCUGUUAAAAUUUAUUUGCCUUUCAAAUAUAUUUUUUGAGCGCAAAAUUUGUGUUUAAAGGGCCUAUCAAUUUUAAAAGCUACUUCAGAUAACUGCUCUAAAGGAGUAUUGUUUUAACGUUCAUUCAAUGUUUAACAUAUGUAUACAUACAUAUGUACAUACUUAUAAAAAUACGUAGUUACGAAUAUGUUCUUUUUGUAAAUGAAAAAACAUUUCUUUCUAAAAAGAAAAUUCCGGAUAGUUAAAAAGAGCUUCAAAUAA